AUCUAUGCACGGUAUACAAUCAUCACUGGCCUUUACAAAGUCGUGUGUUAUAGAUGUGUUCAACGUGUUAGGUUCGGGGAAGUAACGUUGAUUCUUUGCUUGCUAGUUGGUUGGGUUGUGUGAAGUCUGGGAGUUGCGACUCACUGCGUUAUUUCUUAUCACUCUUUCAAUGGCACUAUACACAUUGAUUCUGUACAGCUACUGUUAACUAUUAUCGCGGUCGGUUCUCAUAGUUUCUUGCCAAAGGACUAACGGUGGUCGCUGUUGUUCAAUCCUUGUGGGUUUUAUUUGAGCCUUGGAAAUGUAUUAAUCGUGUUUGGUUCUAUAUUUGAAUAUAAACUCGGAUAUUUUGGUAAUUCUUAAUGGAAACUUAAGAUUGAUGAUACCGUAUUGUCCGAUCAAGAGUAGAGCCGAUUCAACUUGAAACAGAAGAAGACAUAUAGACAUAUAAAAUAACUCAAAACGUAGAAUUAACAGAAUUGACUGAAACCGAAGGUGGUCGAGUGAACAAACAAAAGGCCAGACAAUCACGGGGCUUUCAAGGCAUGGGUUAAAAUUUGUUGGGACCCAAGGCUGGAGCGCGGUAUUUUGUCAAAGAACAUGAAUGGUUGUCAGUAAGAUGCGGAAUUGGCUUGAUGGUGUUUUAGUUUACAUGAUGUACCUUGUAUCCCUAGGUAACACAAUUAACCCAGCCAGAGACUCAUGUUUAAAUUAUGAAAGUACAUAUCACUUAUCAAGAGCAUGUGAGUGUGUCAUAUAUCAGAGCUAUGGCGGAAGUAGCGGCCGAUUUACCUCCCCUAAUUUUCCUCAAGUUUAUCCACGCAAAACGACUUGUAUAUUAUACACAUUUAUAGGCGAUGUGGGUGAAAUCGUAGAGUUAACUUUCCUUCAGUUUGAUUUAAAGCUUCCAUCACAUAACAGUUGUUCAGAUUUUGUGCGGGUGUUCCAGAAUUUAGAUCGACCGGAAGUAAAUGAAUAUAGUAAACAUGACGUAGAAUUGUGCGGUAAUAUCAGCAUGAUUGAUAAAAACUUUUAUUCCAAAAGUCGCAGCUUAGUUUUAGAAUUUCACGCCGAUGGCUUGCCAGGGGGGAAUUACUCCGGUUUUCAAGGAUUAUUUCAUUUUAGAGAUAAACCUUCAUUUAGGGAGAAAGAUGGCGUCAUAAGGCCCAGAAGAGUCGAUGUUGUUAACACUUGGGAUGAAUAUACUAUAUCUGGGACACGUGUUCCCGGAACUCAAUGUACAUAUUAUUUUACUAGCAAUAAUUAUAACAAAACGGGGCGUUUUUUCUCGCCUAAAUAUCCCCAACCUUAUCCUGCUUCUGCUACGUGUCAGUAUCAUUUUGAAGCAUUACCGGGAGAGCGUGUACAAUUAUUUUUUCAAAAUAUACAACUUCAUCAUCAGGAUACAAGCUAUGGAUGGGGCAGCUGUCGUGAUAGCCCAGAUGCUGUAGUUGUUUACGAUGGACGGGACAAUAGGAGUAACGUCAUUGGACAAUAUUGUGAUAUACACAAUCAAGUUGAAUUAGUGUCCUCGGGCAGAUAUCUAUUUAUUGAAUUUUAUUCGGAUGAUCGCCACGCAAAGAAAGGAUUUUCCGCAACAUAUAAGUUUAUAUCCUAUUUACAUCCGCCGGACAAAAAUUAUCAUAAAGACACUCAAAAUGGCUCACGUGGUACUCCUUGGGGAUCUAAAAUAACAACACUAUCUCCUGAAUUCCAUUGUAACGAAAAUUAUAACAGCGCCAAACGAAAGAAUGGAACCAUAUCAAGUCCGUUUUACCCACGGUCGUAUCCUUCAGAUGUCACAUGUCGCUAUACAUUUCAGGGAGUGGGUAGAGAGAGAGUACAGAUUCGUUUUACACACAUGGAUCUGUACUAUCCUGGUGGGGAUGCAACUAACCCGGGCGAUUGUGAAGGAACUGAUUCCAUCUCAGUUCACGUGAUCAUCAGCGGUAAACCAGCCAAUCUCGGAACUUAUUGUGGUAAAAAAUUACCCCCGAUGUUGAUGUCUAAUGAACCGAAGUUGAUCGUCGAGUUCCGCAGUGUUCAGUCUUCAACGUAUGUCACGGGAUUUCAAGCUGACUACAGUUUUGUUACAAAUUUCGGCAUCAAUGAAGGAAAACAAGAUAACAGGGGAGUGUGUAUGUUUAACUUCUUUAGUACGAAACAAUCACAGGGCACUUUCAGUUCGCCAAAUUAUCCGGGCUUAUAUCCACGAAAUACUGAAUGUCAUUAUCUAUUCUAUGGACGUGGAAAGGAAAGAGUCCAUAUAACGUUUCCAGUAUUUCAGGUGGAUGGCAUUAGUCCAAAAUGUGAAGAGGGCACAGAAAGCGAUUACGUUUCAUUUUCAAAUUUUGCUGAAACUGAAGAUCGAAAGAUGCAUCGGUUAUGUGGCGUUAUAACAGAAGAAAAAAGACGCCAUAUUGAAUCUGAUGGGCCUUUCUUCCGAGUGAUAUUCAAAUCUAAUGACGUCUAUGAUGCCGAGGGUUUUCAAGCCUUUUUUAAAUUUCGAGGUAUGUCGGAGGAAAAGGAGACUCUUUAUCAAAAGCAUGGUACGGAUGAACAUAUUCAUGGACUCGAAGGUUCGGGAGCUAAACCACGAUCCACCCGUCCCACUACAUCCAACGGAACUGGAACGAAUUACCCCUUCGUUCUUCUACUCUUCACCGCCAUUUUUACACAUAUUUUGAUGACGUCGACGUGAUGGAUGCAGGUUCAUGUUUUUGUUUGUAUUUAAUUGACGUGAUACAAAUUGUUUGUUUCGUUUUUGAUUCAUUUUCAUCUUUAACACUUGUAUAUAAAAAUCGCUUUCAUUUUUUUUUAAUCAUCGCUAAUUAUAUUAUUCUUAGAUGUUAGCAAUCUAAUUUAAGAUGUGAUUAUUUCGUUAUUUUUUUUGUGGGUUUACAAUCCGUCAUCAUUGGCAAAUUCACGCCUAUAGAUAAAGGCAGUGUAACCUGUCUUGUGUUCGUUCCACUGCCAACACAGUAGCUGAAACAAAGACAUGUUCACAGGCCUACGCCCACUUAAUCAUUGCACAUACGAAUGUAAUCGAAUGGAGGUUGCCCCAUCAGAAAUAACACAUCAAUGCAAGUCAAUUCAAUACUCCAUUUUGGCCUAAAUCAAAGAGGAGUUGCUCUUAUAAGCUAAAGUCGAAAUUGAUUAAAUCAAAGUUCUCAUGACCGUCGUAAAUGCGACUAAUGCGAAAUAAUAAUAUUCAGAAUUCAGGUUUUAUCUCAAUCUGAUUAAAACACAGAUCCUAUUUCGUUUCGUUUUUUAUAGUUCAAAAUUUCGUUUUAAUUGUCUUUACUACACUUGGAUCUGGAAGAGUUGUUAUUUAACUCGUGUUCUGAAUGGUGUCGGGGAUAAGCCAAUGAAACGGUCUGUUACGGCGAGUUUUAGGUGUGUUUUGCACGGAACUGUUGGUAAUCCACUAGUAACAUCAAUACUGAUUAAUUAAUCAUAUGUCUGACGUCAUAAGGUCAAAAUGGACUUUUGACACCUGACGUGACCUAUCGCUAUGGCCAUCGAAAGUAUAUAUAAAAAAACCGAAACGAAAUAUAGAUCUGUAUUUUAAUCAGAUUGGUUUUAUCUUUAGUAAAUAGUCUUUAAAUCAGUCCCUAAACUUGAUACCAAAAUAUAUCUUUUAAUAUUAUGUACACGACUUUAGCUAAAACCUGUGCAUUCGUCUGAUAGCCUAUCGUCUUGUCUAUUUAGCCAGAUAAUAACAUUUAAUUGAACAUUAUGACGUCAUGAUAACAUGACGUAGUUAGUUAGAUAUUAUUAUGUGUAUAAAAGAUGUAAAUAUGUGUAUAUGGAUUCGAUUUAUAAAAAAAAAUAAUUUAAAUUUAAUGUAAUUUGUAAAUGUUAUUUAUUAUAGUGAAAUAUGGGUUGUAUAUCUUGUAGAGCGAUAUACCCUUCGUGAAUUGAAGGAUAUUAUGUAAUUGUUUUAAAUUAUGGAAUCUUUUAACACGUGUAACAAGAUUUAUAUUGAUCUUGUUUUCAUACCUCAGUCAUGAAUUAUUUUAUCUUGAAAAUAUAGUUAUAUGAAAAAUAAACUGUACUUUGCUGCUAGAAAAGGAAGCGUACAUGGACGAAUGUACAAUAUUGUCAUGCCGCAUUUUAUUUUAUGUCGAAUUAGUUAGAGUUACGCCCCUUGUCACAAGGUCUAUCGUAACCCAACUUACUAGUAACUAUUUCAAGCCGAUAUCCAGUGUUAAUUUAUAUGAAAAACAUGUUCAUUAGUUACGUAUUACAGCUAAAUAUACAUGUAACACACUAGUUAUAAUAACGAUACGGUAAUUAAUGAAGCGAUUAGAAAUGAACGGUUAGACUUUAAUUAUUUCAGACUGUUUGUAAUGAAAAAUAUUUCAGUCAUAUAAUUAUUUUUAUAAUCCGAUUAUAAUUAUUACAGGUAGAUUAGACUUAUUGUAGACCGAUCGUAAUUAUUGCAGAUUAAUUAGAAAUAUGGAAUUUUAUAAUUAAUAAGAAUUAUUUCAGGCUGAUUAUAGUUACCAAUAUUAUCGCCCGAUAACAGAUAGAUUAGAUUUAUGGUAGACCGAUCGUAGUUAUUGCAGAUUAAUUAGAAAUCUUGUAUGAUUACAACUCUGAUUAAAGUAGCUAAGUCUCUAACUCAAUAUCAUCCAAAAUCUUCAACAUUGAAAACACGAUUUAUUUGUCAAAUUAAAUCAACAUUCAUGUUGUGAUCUUACCGGAAAAGGAUGGGCUUUUGAUAUCCAAUAUUUAAGACAAAAUAAACAUUUUACCAUUGGUACACGAAUCGUGUACCAUAAUGCGCUUCAGCCUCAGUUGUAUCAAGAGACUCGAGGGACGAGGCUAGACACAUUGCACCAAAUCAAACGGCGUAUGUAGACUGAAAUAACCAGACGCUAGAAAUUUGCACUCGCUUGAGACUGCUGGCUUAUUUCGCCGAACAUAACUGAUUUUGAAAUUGGAGUAAAAACGGAAACCAUUGAAUGUAAAUCAGUUUAUAUACAUUCAUAUUACAGUAUUAUAUGCGUUGCGACCCACUUUUGUCAAUUUCUAGGUCCCAAAUGUUAGCGAUUUAGCUCCUUUAAAGUGGGUUAUAAAGUGUGUUAUGGACUGAUUCGAAAUGUAGCAAUAUGCUUAUAGUUAAAGCAGGUCAGGUAGAACCUAUAGCAGAUAGAAUUAUUACAACUGGAUCAGAAAUAUUUCACACAUGGGCAUAAUUAAUUAUUCACCACAGAGGAGAACGAACAGAUAACAGACACUGUGCACAUGUCUUUCAUCGAUUUAUUAAAAAAAACAAUUAAAAGUCGACGAAGACAUGAUGUCCUUAUAAUGUCGAUUUUCCUGUGAUCAAUAAUAGACUGUUUCAUGGUCACGGAAUUGUAUGUAAAGGGUGUAACUCUUGUUUGUCAUGUGACAGACAAUUUCAGCAUUACUCCAAAACAAAAAUACAUGGUAUUAGCAAAUCUUGAUAAGUAACCAAAAAAAAUCACACCAUAUAAAUAUGGCGUUAAAGUUUAUUUAAAUGACAUUUCGCUUCAUAUUUCGAUAUGACUUCACUGAAAAAGUUUUCGAAACAUGGCGCCAUUUAACUGAUUCUUAGGGAACCAGGAAGCAAUCAAUGAAAGUCGUGUUCCUUAUUCCUUUAGUUAUAUUAUGAUUGACAUAUUAACAUCACUGCAUAUGUAUUUCAUAAAGUCAUGCAAAGUUUACAGAAAUGUACAAAUAUGAUUGUCAAAUUGUCAGAAUGAUGAAAUAUUAACAAUGCUCAAUUUUUAUAGAAAAAAAAGAGGAAUAUACUCAUCUACCAGCUCACGUAACCAACAAAUGUUGCUGUACGUUUGUAUGGAGACAGUGGUGGCUGGCCACAAGUAAUAUCAUUUCCGGGAGGGGAGUAUUCAAUAAAACGCACGCAAAAUAGUAGUUUAAAAAAUAGAAUCGGCCACUUUAUAAAAUGAACAUGUAUAAGUGGGUCUCGAUUUGAAGUAUUGAAAUAAACAUCAUAAGAUAUUAAAACUAAAUAAAAAUAAACAGCAACAAGAAAUGACGUUAAAUUGUUCUCCAUUGCCUUUUAUUCAUGAUAAUUUUAAUUGUUAACAACAUCCAUUGAUUGUAAUGAAGAAAACGGUUCUUAUAAUGAUGUAUAUUUUAUUAGUUUCCUUCUGAGAUAUGAUCUCAACGGAGCUUAAAGAUACAUUAUGGGAGAUUGGAUAAAGAGCUGGCAGUUCUCAAAAUAAUAGUUAAAAUCUAAAUAAUGUCAAGGACAUUUGAUUUGCUGAAAAUAUCAGUCAAAUUGAUACACACUGAACCGAGAAUUUAGCGAUCCAAUUUUUGUACUAGCCUCGAACAUCAUUACUAAAGUCGGUACGAUAAAAAACAUAAGUCUCGAUUAUCCAUUUUGGAUUUAAUUAUCAAUGAGCGUUGUGCAGCAGAUAUGAUUCUAAUGCUGUAAAUAUCGCAGGCUAGCGAUGACAUCGAGAGUUGAUUAUAGUCUGGAUAAGUUAAUUAAUGUCUAAGGAAUAAUGUAGAUAACAUUUUGGGCCCAAAGAAAGACGUGCAAUUGGGAGAUUUAGCCCUUGCAUAAUAAUAUGUUAUGAUCCAAUAGUAAAACAUCCGGGUAUAAAGUUCAACGAAGACAAAAUAAACUGAUUUGUUUCAUUGAUUAACCAUACCCAAUAAACGGGAUAUCUAAAUAAAACAUUCAUCGCCCAAACGAUAUUAUAUCCAUUCUGACUGUUAUUUUUACGUCUCUAUUCUUGGACGUCUACAUGCCCCAAUAUGAUUUUAAAAAUCUGUUACGUUUCGUUUAUAUUGUUGAUGCUGUACGCCACGUGAGAAGUCAGAUGUGGAUGACCGAGACAAAAAAUCAAAAUGGGAUUGUGUCUAAAGACUGGUUAACCGUAAUCAGGAGUCUAUUGCAUUAAGGCCUACAUUAUGUAUGGUUUAAUGGUUGAGAGCGAGACAUUAAGUAUUAAAUACUAUAGUGAAACAACCCGAGGGACGUUAGUCACGAGUGAUGUUUCGAUAUAUUACGCAAAUAACUUAAAAUACAGACACUCGCACGUGCUUUGCAAUGAAAUACUACACGCUGGACACAAUAUUUCAACAAGUAUAAAUAAUGUACGCUUGGCACAUCACCCGUACCAUUAUUUGAAAUAACGGUACGACAACGUCAAAGGAUAACGAUAAAAAUCAAUAGAGACAACGACAUCAGCUAACACUUAAAAUGUAAUAUCAUGGCCACAACACAAAAUAGGGCCUGGAUUCAAACUAAACAAACUGUUGUUAAAAAUUCCAAGAACCGAUAAGACUGCUUGCUAAUGACUAGAGGAGCCUAGUCGAAACGUCGCUCAGUAAUUGUAUUCGAUAUGUGACCUGUAUAAGAUGAGACCGCAGUUGACAAUUUAAUGUUCGGAUUUCGUUCUUGUGCUACAGGCGAAGCUGCGAACAUUAACGGGUUAACAAUCGAUAAGACUGCAGUUGACAAUUUAAUGUUCGGAUUUCGUUCUUGUGCAACAGAAGAACCCAUGAGCAUUAAAGGGUUAACAAUCGAUAAGACUGCAGUUAACAAUUUAAUGUCUGGACUUCUUGUGCUACUGUAGAAUCCGUGAGCAUUAAAGGGUUAACAAUCGUUAAGACUGUAGUUGACAAUUUAAUGUACGGAUUUCGUUCUUGUGCUACAGACGAAGCCGCGAACAUUAAAGGGUUAACAAUUUAAUGUUCGGAUUUCGUUCUUGUGCUACAUACGAAACAGCAAGCAUUAAAGGUUUAACAAUUUAAUGUUCGGAUUUCGUUCUUGUGCUACAUACGAAGCAGCGAGCAUUAAAGGGUUAACAAGGCACUUAUUGAUUGACCGUUCUCUGUUGUCUAAUUAUACUUUAUAACCGUUAUUUAUGCCAUGUUUAAAUCACACACGGAUAUUAAAAGAGCCGGGCACUAUAAUUAUUAUUGUAUGAGAUGUUUUAUUCCUGAGUGUACAUACCAUCUAACGUCAAGUAAAUAUUUCAACUUUCGAAUGCUAGAACGUACUGCAGAUACAAUAAAAUUUUCUAUUUCUUUA